UUUCCAUGUCUAUAUAUUUACAACUUAAAAGGCAGAAAAAUAACUUCGACUUUAAUUAUUAAGUUAUAAAAGAAUGUUUCUUUCAAAUGCUUGCUUGUUUAUACUUUUAUUUAUUUCUUAUGCAAAGGCUUCACAUUUUCGUGGCGGGACUAUCAGUUGGAGCGCAACCGGAAAACCAAAUGAGGUUGAAUUUACUUUCAAACUUGGUUGGGUACUCGGUAUGGGGCCGGGAUGUAACGAAACUAUGAUCGGAAAGUACGUUAAUAAAAUGGGCAAUUCUUCAGCGUGGUAUUGUUCAAGGGGAUGUGGACCAACAAAUGUUUGGUUAUCAAGUGUAAAUUAUAUUUGUACGGCAGCAAGCACGGCACAGAACUGGGAGCAAGGGGAAAACAGCUUUAAAUAUACCUUUCCCGACCAAGGACCAUUCACUGUCGAAUUCACAGGCGGGGCUUGGAUUUCCCUUGACUUUGGUGCUGGUGGAUCUUGGAAUAUUUCUACAGUUGUGGACCUUCGACCUCGGAAUGACACGGGACGACCAAAUAUGAGUCCUGUUGCGUCAGCAAAACCAAUUUACAGUAUGAAGUACGGCUGUACAAAUACGAUACAGUUACCAGUGAUGGAUCAAGAUGGUGACAAAGUCACAUGCAGAUGGUCAAAGGGCGAAGAAUGUGCCUCCGUUUGUAACUCUUUACCGUAUGCCAUGAUUGAUCCCGACACGUGUUCUUUAACAGUUUCGGCAAAACACACGAGAAAUGGUUGGUACGCAGUUGCAAUCACAAUAGAAGAUUCUCCUAGACAAGCUUUGUCAGUCAAUGAUUCAGUUUUGACGGAAGAUGACGUUAUAUCAAGUGUUCCUAUGCAGUUCUUAAUUAACACUCCGGACAUACCAUCAAGAUCAUGUUCUGAUAAACCUGUUUUUGUGACGCCAACACCUCCAGAGGACCAACUGUAUAUUCUAACGCCUGGUGAAAAGCUAUCAAUAAGUUUCUAUGCGACAUCAAAGGGUGCAAGAAUAACAUCGUUCGCGCUUACAGCGCCACCUGGCGUAAGAAAAUCGUCUAUUCAGUCUGUUCCCGGACGCCCAAAUGUUUACAAAAUAAUAGUUACGUGGGUACCAAAACAGGAAAAUAAAGGACAACACGCUCUUUGUGUGGAGGCCACUGAUUCAUUUGCGAUAAGCAGUGACUCGCAUUGUUUGAAAGUUGUUGCAUGGGAUAUUGAUCCAUGUAAAAGCAGCCCCUGCCAAAACGGAGGAAAUUGUACUAGAACAGGAUUUACUGAUAAUUUUGUAUGUACAUGUGUCCCUGGAUACACGGACUUACUUUGUCAAACAGAUAUUAAUGAAUGUGCUAGUGACCCGUGCAUGAAUAAUGGCACGUGUUUCGACCUGAUCAACGAAUUCUUCUGUGGAUGUGUUAAAGGUUUUACAGGAGUGCAGUGCGAAACCGAUAUCAAUGAGUGUUCUAACACGAGUUGCUUAAACGGUGGUACAUGCGAGGAUCUCAUUGGGAAAGGUGUCUGUCAUUGCUUAUCAAGCUUUACAGGAAAAUUAUGCCAGACAGGGAUAGAUUUCUGUAAGUCCUUACCUUGUCUUAACGGUGGGGCAUGCUUCAGUAAUUUAACAGGUUAUACAUGUUCUUGUGUGGAUGCUUGGCAUGGAACAAAUUGUGCAUUUAGAGACGAGCCGACCAAUAAUACUAGCAUAAUGUUAAUGGUUGAGUUCACAUUUAAACUUGGUUGGAUUCUCGGUUUGGGGCCAGGAUGUAAUGAAAAUUUGAUCGGAAAAUAUGUGAAUAAUUCAAUGGGACCCCGAGGGGCGUGGGUUUGCUCAAAGGGAUGUGAACCAAAUAAUGACAAGUUGUCGGAUGUAAACUAUUUUUGUACGGCAGCUAGCAAAACACAAAACUGGGAGCAGGGAGAAAACAGCUUUAAAUAUACAUUUCCAUACAAGGGACCGUUCACUAUCGAGUUUGCAGGUGGAAAUUGGAUUAAUAUUAGCUCUGGUACCGGUGGACGUUGGACUAUAUCUACUGUUGUGGACCUUCGUUCUAGAAACGACACUGGAAGACCAAAUAUGAGCCCUGUAACGUCAGGAAAACCAGUUUAUAGAAUGAAGUACGGCUGCACAAAUACCAUAAAGUUACCAGUGAUGGAUCAAGAUGGUGACAAAAUAACAUGCAGGUGGUCGGUAGGCGACGAAUGUGCGUCCGUUUGUAAAUCUUUGCCGUUUUCGAUGAUUGAUCAUGACAAUUGCUCUUUAACAGUUUCUGCAAAACACACGCGAAACGGUUGGUUCGCUGUUGCGAUAACAAUAGAAGAUUCACCGAAUCAGGCCUUAUCCCUCAAUGGUUCAGUUUUGACGAAAGAUGAUGUCAUUUCCAGUGUACCUAUGCAGUUCUUAAUUAACACCCCAGACAUACCAUCAAGAUCAUGUUCUGAUAAACCUGUCUUUGUGACGCCAACACCUCCGGAAGACCAACUGUAUAUUCUUACGCCUGGUGAAAAGCUUACAAUAACCUGCUAUGCUACAUCAAAAGGUACAAGAAUAACAUCGUUUGAGCUUACAGCACCACCUGGCGUAAGAAAGUCUUCAAUUCAGUCCGUUCCCGGACGCCCAAAUGUUUACAAAAUCGUAGUUACGUGGGUACCAAAACAGGAAAAUAAAGGACAACACGCUCUUUGUAUCGAGGCAACUGAUUAUUUCGGGAUUAGCAGUGACUCGCAUUGUUUAAAAGUUGUUGCAUGGGAUAUUGAUCCAUGUAAAAGCAGCCCCUGUCAAAAUGGAGGCAAUUGUACAAGAACGGGAUUUACGGACAAUUUUGUAUGUACUUGUGUCCCUGGAUACACGGACUUGCUUUGUCAAACAGAUAUAAAUGAAUGUGCUAGUGACCCGUGUCUGAAUAAUGGCACGUGUUUCGACUUGAUCAACGAAUUCUUCUGUGGUUGUGUCGCUGGCUUUACGGGAUUGCAGUGCGAAACCGAAAUCAAUGAAUGUUCUAACAUGAGUUGUUUAAACGGUGGUACAUGCGUGGAUCUCAUUGGGAAAGGUGUCUGUCAUUGCUUACCAAGCUUCACAGGAAAAUUAUGCCAGACAGGGAUAGAUUUCUGCAAGUCCUUACCUUGCCUUAACGAUGGGACAUGUUACAGUAAUUUAACAGGUUAUACAUGUUCUUGUGUGGAUGAUUGGCAUGAAACAAAUUGUGCAUUUAGAGACGAGCCAGCCAAUAAUACUAGCAUAAUGUUAAUGGCAAAUGAACAUAUGCAUUACUCAGACUGCAAAUGUCUCCUUGGAAAUGAACGCCGACAAAUAUGCUACCCAUACAAUCAACGGAAGGGGGUUGGCUUUGGCAUUCUUGGAGUGGUCUUAGGUAUUUCAACAAGCGUGUUGUUAUACAUUCUCUUCGAGGGAGUGUUUGGAAAAGGUUUAACCUGCCUUCAAGAUGUAUAUCACAAAACACCGGCACGACCAAAACUGAAUACAUCAGCCUACCCAGAUAUAUUCAACCGUUAUAAUGACAACUGUAAAUCGAAUGAAGCUGUGAAUGAUUAUAAGUUUGAGGAGAAGAACUGUGGCCAUAUUACUAACACAUUUCUGUCACGAGGAACAUACCACAGUCGUCACUGUUGGGCAUGUAGGGAGAAAAUAGAACAAGCUAACAAUCCUGCUCCCACUCACACAUUUCUUAGGAAAUAUUCUGGUCUGAAAAGGCUACUAAAAAAGGAAUAAAUAAUAUAACUAUGUUUUGUGUGAAGUAUAUAUAAUUUUUUUAGUAUUUUUUUCUCAACUUUUCUUGUGUAGCUAUGCUAGUGUAAUUGACUUAUAAGUGUUUGUUAUAAUAUAAAAUGUCUUCAUAUAUCUGCCUCCCCAUUGUAAAGAGUAUUAAGCAAUCGACAUUUUUUCUUUAUCCUUUAAUCAUUGAUAAUUACUAUGUAUUAUGUAGAUAAAUAUAAAUUCAGGAUUGUUCAGUAUUUGAAUACAUUCACAAGCACCAGUAAUAUUGAUAAUGUCGUUAUAUUCGUCUUAAUUGCAUUAUUUCCUUCAAUCAUUAAGUCGUAUUUUUUCAUCUCCAACACAUUUAGUGUACUUUAUAUACACGCAUACCGUUUUCAUUCCACAUUCAAUUUUAAUCAAUUAAGAAUAUACGAACUGAUAAAAAACUUGUGUAUGCUAUAUGCUGUAAGAUAUACUCAUGCUGCAAACAAAUAACGUUAGAUAGCAGAAAUAAAGAAUAUUGAUAGAAUAUUGUUGUACCCUUUAUAACAUAGUAAAUCCUUGCUGGGAAUAUCUAUAUUGAAUAAAAAAGUAAAUCGUUUUGAUUGACGUAACGGUAAGAUAAAGAGAGUAGCUAGUGCUACAUCAUUUUAACGUGUACAAGUAUAAAUAUCUUUUUAUACGCAAUUAAUGUUCAGAAUAAUAGUGUUGUGUUA